AUGUCAUAUGAAAGAAUUGAAACUAUAGAUAAUCCAUUUAAUGAUGGGAAUAUUAUUGAUAAUGAUACCUCGACACUUUUCGUAACCGAAAAUAAUGAUGAUGACGAUGAUAAUACUAUUACCACCACCACUACCACCAUGCAAAAAAACAACGACGACAAUCAGAGUUCUGGCUUUCAAGAAUCAUCUAAUCAAGAUGUUACUACUGUUAGUUCAUCAUCACCGUCAAAUAGCAAUAACAACAUUACUAAUAAUAAUAAUAAUAAUAAUCGAUUUAGUAAUCAACGCAAUAAUAACAAGGAUAAUUUUCAAAAACCAACAACUAAUCAUAAUGAAUUUAAAGAUGAAGAUGAAGAGGAAGAGGAAGAAGAAGACGAUGAUGACAUGUUUGAACCAAUUCAAUUCAAAAAUAGUGAUGAUGAUGAUGAAGAAGAAGGAGAUGGUCUUUCAUCAUCAUCACUAUCAUCGGAUAUAAAUUCAUUCACCGACAAUUUCGGUAAUAGUUAUCAUAAUAUUGAUUUUGAUAAUAAACGAUACACAUUGAAAUUAAAUUUCAAAGGUAAACGAUUAGUUUAUUUCACUUCGGGAUUUGUUAGUUUAUUUGUUAGUUUAUUUGGUUAUUCUCAAGGGGUUGUAUCAUCACUUUUAGCAUUUGAUACAUUUAAUAAAUAUUUCAAUCAACCUAGUGCUGCUACUAUUGGAAUUGUUAUAUCAAUUCAAGAAAUCGGGGCCAUGAUAAGUUCAAUUAUGGUAGCGAAAUUAUCCGAUAAAUUUGGUCGGAAACGAACAUUAUUAUUAGGAACAUUUAUAUUUAUGAUUGGUGGAUCAUUACAAGCUUUUUGUCCCAAUAUUUUUAUAUUGGCCAUUGGAAGAGUUUUUUCAGGGAUGGGUGUAGGGAUUUUAUCUACGAUUGUUCCUUCUUAUCAAUGUGAAAUUAGUCCUAGUGAAGAACGAGGGAAAUUAGUAUGCGGAGAAUUUACUGGUAAUAUCACUGGUUAUGCACUAAGUGUAUGGGUCGGGUAUUUAUCUUAUUUUAUUCAAGAUAUUGGUGAUUCUCGUAAUCAACCUCAUUCAUUCACAGCUAAUUUGAGUUGGAGAUUACCAUUAUUCAUUCAAGUGGUUAUUGCCUUUGUGUUGUUUCUUGGUGGGUUUUUCAUUGUUGAAUCACCUCGUUGGUUAUUAGAUAAUGAUAUGGAUCAACAAGGAUUCCAUGUAUUAGCAUUAUUAUAUGAUUCUCAUGUGGAAUCGACAAAACCAAAAUCUGAAUUUUUCAUGAUUAAAAAUUCUAUAUUACAAGAAAGAAUCACUACUCCAAAACUGCAAAGAACUUGGAAACAUUUAUUAACUCAUUAUAAAAUUCGAGUAUUUGUUGCUUGUUCAUCAUUAAUUUUUGCUCAAUUUAAUGGUAUUAAUAUUAUUUCUUAUUAUGCUCCUUUAGUGUUUGAACAAGCUGGUUUUGAUAAUGCUAAUGCUUUAUUAAUGACAGGAAUAAAUGGAAUUAUUUAUUUAUUAUCAACUAUACCUACUUGGUUUUUAGUAGAUUCUUGGGGUCGAAGACCUAUAUUAAUAACUAGUGGUAUAGCCAUGGCCAUUUGUUUGUUUUUAGUCGCAGCUUUUAUGCAUAUAAAUAAAUCAUAUACUCCAUCAGUAGUGGCAGUAUUUGUUAUUAUUUAUAAUGCAUCAUUUGGUUUUGGGUUUGGUCCUAUCCCAUUUUUAUUACUGAGUGAAUCAUAUCCAUUAUCAGUAAGAUCAAAGGGGGCAUCAUUAGCAGUAUCAUGUAAUUGGUUUAGUAAUUUUGUUGUUGGAUUAAUGACCCCUAUUUUAAAACAAGAAAUUAAAUGGGCAAUGUAUUUAUUCCCUGCUAGUUCUUGUGUUUUGAGUGUUAUUGUGGUAUUAUUAUUUUAUCCAGAAACUAAAGGGGUUGAAUUAGAAGAUAUUACGAGAAUAUUUGAUGAAUUUUAUGCCACAAGUCCAACUAAAAGAGUUAAAAUUAGAGGAUUAAGAACAAAACGUAAAGAUAAAGGUAAAAGAUCAGGUGAAAAAUAUAAAGCAAAAUAUAAUCCUCUAAGUGGGGGUGGUGGUACCGGUACCGGUACCAGCAGUAGCACCACUACUACUGGUGAUUUCAUUGAUGACCAAGAAGCAUUUGAAAUGCGGGCAUUGAAUGAAUUUGAUUUCGAAAGCGAUAAUGAUGAUGAUAUAAAUGUGAGUCAUACUAGACGACAAAUGUUAUAG